ACUUUUCAUUUUUGAUUUCAGGGUAAAGUUUAGGACUUUUGGCCUUUGCUAGGAGAUAACAAAGGUUGUAUAGCUUUUCGGAGACUUAUAUAUAUCUAGGAACCUUAACAGGAGUCGUGUAUUGCUGUUUGUUUUGCCAAAAUCGCGUGUAAAUUGUUCUGAAGUUGGUGCCCCCCUCCCCCUUUCACAUGUUACUGUGUAAUGAUGUUGCAGCAUGUAACGUUACAUGUAUAGAGUAACGUGAUCUAGACAACAGAACGUCGAAGAUGAAGUUGGCAGACCGUCUGAGAAAUGUCUGAAGAAGUCGGAGUGACGGACGCAGACACGGAAGGCGCGAUGCCGGGGCUGGAAGUUCCCAACUGGUGCGAGGGGUGCGCCGGGUGUCUGGCUCUCAGGAAGGAGUUGCAGGACAAAGAGGCUGAACACAAGAGAGUGUGGCUGGCAGUCAAACAGAGGGUUAUCUCUACUGAACAUUGUGAGACCCUCCAAAUGCAGUUGGACAGUGCCCUUAAGGAAAUGGAGCCUCUUAAAAAGAGGAACCGAGAACUUGAGAAGAGCCAGGAGAAGUGUAGAGCAGAAGUGGAGGAGGCACGGGACAGGAUCAGGGCUAGUGAGGGUCUGUGUCAGCAGUACAGGGAGGUCAUCAAGAAGUUUGAGGAUGAAGAGGCUGCUAGGGAGGCCAACAAUUCCAGUGAGAAGAAGGUUUCUGUUGCCAAGCUACAAGAGGACCUGGCCAAGCUGAAAGCUGAUCUCACUUCAGAGAAAAGGAAAAGCAGAGGCCUGGAGAGAGAACUGGACAGAGCGAAGGUUAUGAUAGAAGGGCUUCAAGAGCAGAACUCCAGAGUACAGCAAGAAGCUGGAGAACCUGCAUCUAUUCCAGUAGUUACCCCAGCAAAACAGCCCAGAACAAGCCAUGUAACACAUACAAGAACCCCUAAACAAAAGGCACCAUCCCCCAUCAGUGCAAUGAGCUGCUCCAAUACAGCCAAUGAAACCAGUGAUGAGGAAGAAGAAGUGAACUGGUCCACUGUGCCAAACAGGGGUGUUCUGUCUCCUGUUAGGCUGCUGUCACCCUUGUCGCCCCUCCCACCUACACCAGCUCCAUGUAGAAGAGAUGACAGGUUUUCCUCAUCAAGUGACAGCUCGGAUGACAACAGUGACAUGGACGAUGAUGCAGACAGAAUCGAGAGUGAGCUCCUCGGCGGCACCCAAUCGCUACCAUUCUCUGACACUGACAUUGCUGACGAGAAAGCCAACGAACCACCAAAGCUUUCUCCUGUCAGGAGCAACUAUCGUAACGGAAUACAUAGGUCUCCUGUUCUCAAACAGUCGCCAACUGUCAAUGUUAGCAAAGAGAAUGGAAAGGCCCAAGUUAAACGGUUUCCUAGAGAUCGUGUUAACUGCUCAAGUACUCAGAAACUUACCAGAAGUCAAGACAGGAGGGGACAGAAAAGGCCACCUCUGAGGAGAGCAGCAAAAGCUAAGGCUGCUCCAAUGGAGGAAGAAAUUACGCCACCCAUAGAAUCUACCAAAGCAGCUGUAGAGAACGAUUGUCGCUCAUGGUUUGGGGAAGUUGAGGAUCUGAGUGACAGCGAGUCUGAUUCCUGUCUGGAAAAAGAAAAGGACAGAGAGAUAAAAGCUAAAAAUGGUGGUGAAGAUUUUGCCUCCCCGCCACGUAUGGCGAGGUUGUGUUCUUCAGCAACAACAGAAUCAAACAAUGACACAACUGAAGAAAAGAGGAAAACUAGAGCAAAAUCAGAAGUGCUUAUUUCUCCACUGAAGAAGACAAAGACAACAGGAGUAACUCCUUCCAGGUAUCCCUUACGAUCACGGUCUGGUGACUCAAAACAAGAACAAGAACAAAAUGGCGAUGCUAGUUUCUCACCAAGAAAGAAAAACAAGUCAGAGUCAGAUGCUGAUGACAUAGGGGGAAAAGUGAACUCCCCCACUAGGUCCCAGUAUGAACUGAGGUCAAGACAGGAUAACAAGACUGACAAAAAAGAUGACAGAAUAGAGGCAGAAAAUACUAAAGACAAGACGAAUGUUGUAAAUGAAAGUAAUGAAACAUUGCAGGAACAGACAGCAACAAAAGAUUUGCAUGAGAAAGAAGAAAAGCCAGUGGACAGCAGAAAGUUAAGCAACAGCUUAACAGAGGAAGAAAGUGACAAAGAUGAAGCUGUGAAACCACAAAGUCAAGAAGAGAACAAAAUGUCUUCUGGCUUUGACGAAGUUUGCAAUAAUUCAGUUGAAAACAACACCACAGACUCUGAGUCAAACUCAAAGAUUUCUUCACCACCUCAUGUGGAUCUGCCUGCUGCACCAUCGGUAAAUAAAGAUCCUUCUAACAACGCAAAAGCAGAAUCAGAUCAAGAAGGUACGGAAAAACCAAGACCAGAUUCACCGGAAUUCAGGAGGCCGCUUACAAGGUCACUGAGUCAUGGCGGCAAGGUCAAUCCUGGAAGCAGAAGAGACAGUUCUUCCUCUGAGAGGGAGGGGGACGUCUCACCCAGGAGGGUAGCAAGGUUGAAGACCAAAUUGGUAAGUCCUGUUGCAGGCCCUAGCUCAAUAACACGUAGCAGAAGUUCGUCUUCAGAAAAGAGCCACUCGGAUGUUGACACGAAGGACAACCUUUUUAACCCUCCUAACUCGAACCCAACUAAGAGGGCAACCAGGUUGCAGACCAAAUUGGUAAGUCCUGUCGCUGGUCCUAGCUUAAGAACACGUAGCAGAAGUUCAUCUUCAGAGAAGAGUCUCUCAGAUGUUGACAUGAAGGAUAAGCCUUGUAACUCCAACACACCGAAGAGAGUAACCAGGUUACAGACCAAAUUGAUAAGUCCUGUCGCUGGCCCCAGCUCAAGAAGGCGGAACAGAAGUUCGUCUUCAGAAAAGAACCUCUCAGAUGUGGAUACAAAAGACAGCCCUCCAACCAAGAAGGCAACCAGGCUGCAGACUAAAUUGAUAAGUCCUGUUGCUGGCCAUAGCUCAAGAACGCAGAACAGAAGUUCAUCUUCAGAAAAGAGCCCGUUAGAUGUUGACACAAAGGACAACCCACCUAAGAGGGCAGCCAGGUUGCAGAGCAAAUUGGUAGCUGGUCCUAGCUCGAGAACACGGAGUAGAAGUUUGUCUUCAGAAAAGAGUUUGUCAGAUGUUGACACAAAGGACAACCCUACUAACCCAUCUAACUCCAACACACCCAAAAGGGUAACCAGGCUGCAGACCAAAUUGAUAAGUCCCCUCUCUGGUCCUAGCUCAAGAACGCGAAAGAGAAGUUUGUCUUCAGAAAAGGGCCUCUCGGAUGUGGAUACAAAAGACAACCGCCCAAAAGUUGAUUCGCCAAGGAGGUCCAUGAGAAAGUCAGACAUGGCAAGCUUGUCUUCAUCAGAACAGAUGACAAACAGAGAUGCAGAGAAGAGUGCACCGAAAAGUGUUUUAUCACCUAACAAAUCAGCCAAACACUUGAGAACAGAAGAUACUUCUGGAAACAUUCAUUUACAAGUUAAUGUAUCAGAUAAAGAAACAUGCACAGCACAAAGAAAUGUAACAUCUGCCUUGGACAUAGCACCACAAAUGGUCACUGAAAAACCUGUUCCAAAAGCAGAACCACUUAAUAACUCUACAUCCCAAAUCUCAAAGGAAGACGCUAUUGUUAAGAGUCCAAAAGUGUGCACAACAUCUGAAGCACGUAAGAUGCUUGCUGUCAAUAAAGUUGCUGUUGUUGUGUUGGAGCCAUUGGAAAAAGUGUCACAACAGAGUACAGCAUUGCAAAAGCAUGUACCGCAAGAGCAUCAAAAUGGCAGACACAAUGGUAAAUCAUGUACAAUGGAAGCAGCUGCUACAAAUAACAAUGCGACCAUUGAUGAGCAUACCAUAAAUACACCUGAAGUCCCAGAUGAAACUAAUAGAAAAGGCAGUACUUGUACAAAUGAUAAUGCUAACCAACAGGUACACCAAGAGGUGGGGGCAAAGGCAGAUGAACUUCCAAGUGGAGCAAGACAAAGCAGUGCAAAGGAUGGUGCUAACCAGGAGGCACCCAAAGAGGAAGAGACAGCAUGUGAUACUAUGGAGGAAGGGGAACUUUCAGAGAGUGAGACUGAAACCACAGUUAGUCUACCAAACAGUGCAGCAAGUGCACGAGAACAUCAACCUAUGGAGCUGUGUUUAAGGCAACAACCUGGAGUUAGCCUACCCGAUAGAGAAAGCCCUCGGGUAUCCAAUAGGUCCAACCGGAGCAGCCUAUCCACAUCCCCUGUCUCCCCCCUCCCACCCUCUCCAUUCGAGUCCCUAGCACUCUCCCCUCUGCCGGUUUCGCCUCUUCUGUUGGAACGUCCCAUUUCGCCACUUCCACCCUCGCCGUGGGGGAGGUCAGCAUCCCCUAGUCUGUCCCCUUCCCUGCCCAUCUCUCCACUCAGGGAAACCCCCCUGCCACCGGUGGUAUCACCCUUGCAACGUACUCCCCAUGGGGACGAUGGUUGGUCCCAAAGCGUCUCCUCCAAGGAUGCUGCAUCACCAAAUGCAGAAAACCCUGCGCACUCCUCUCCGUGUGUGUUCCGGUCCGUCGCUCCAAAGGGAGCAGUGCAGGUGAAACCAAAAGCGAACCGUGGUAGGGGUGCUGCAAGGUCCCUCAGCAUGGGAGGGAAAGACGCCUCCUGUCAAAACUCUUUGAACAGUUCUAGUAAAAAACGAGCAAUCCUAUUCGUACAAAGUGAAAAGACAGCCUGGAGAAGUGGUAAGAAAAACACACAAGCUGCACAAGAUAAACAGAAGAGUACUACAAAGGCAAAUUCAAGACCUACCACUUUGCCAAUCAAGCCCAACAGUAAACAACAACCAAAAACCAAACCAGGAAAAGGCACUAAUGCACAGAAUGGCCCAGAGAAAGUAAACGAAGGGGCAACUUGCUCACACAAUGGCCACGACAUUACAGAAGAAACAACUACAACUCCUGAUAAGAGCUCAAGACAAACUCUAAAGCAGACAGAGAAAGAAAAGAUCAAGAAAGGACAGUCCUUGACACUUGAAGAUGAAGACAAGGAUAAGCAGACAUCAGAGAUGUCCAGACUGAAGGAAGUAGAUCCUCAAGAGAAAAUUGAAGAAGGAAAGACAAAAGAAUCAUCUCAGGUUCCUGACAGUGAAACUUUAAGUGCUGCAGAAGAUGCAGUUUCAUCUAAAGACGUUUCUUGUAUAAGCGGUACAUGUACCAGCAAAAGGAGCCUGGAGGAGGAUGUAGAAGAUGGGGAGAUCACAGGUGACGAAAGCGAUGAAGUCGUGGAAAGAAGGACGGUAAAGAAACUCAGGACAGAGCCCAGAGACAAGCUGACAGCUGACCAUGUGCUGCAGUACAUGAAUAACAUGCAAGGGGGAGCAACUGCUGCAGGUGCUGUCGACAUUAUCAUGGAGUAUCUUCUGCAAAGUGAGGAGGCCAGAGUGGACCUGUUUCCCAAAGUGAAGACCAUGUGCGAAACCCACAAUACAAAACUGCCAGUCAUGACUACAGCUGAGAUGGCCAUACUGGGCAGGGUGACCUACCUGGCCAAGUUUGGCCAGUGGGAGGGUCUGGUCAGUCAAGUCAGCCGUGCCCUGUACACCGAGAUCAGGCUGAACAUCAGGAAAGAGCACCUGUUGGCUACCUGUAGGCUCUAUACAGGGCUGUGUAGGCUGAGAGGACAACUUGAACAAGUAAGAAUUCUCGUCUACGACAUUCUACGGGAAAAGCUGUUCUUCCCAGUGGACAGAAUCCUGACCAUAGUGUCCGUCUGGCCACUGGUCCUGCAGAGAAGUGGUCCUAACCUGGAGGAUGGACCCAUGUCACACGUGAUCGAGCUAGUCGUGAUGAGUCAGCACAUUGCUGAAGACUUGAAGUCCUGCUUCAGGAGUCUCUACCAGUGGAAGGAUGUGAAAGACGGGGAUGUGAACAGUAUGGCAGAUAGACUAGUGGAACUUCUACAGAGGAAAGAAACUGCGGCACUGGUGAAUAACACACACAGAGUGAAGUACCCCCGUCUGAACCCCCUGAUGUAUGAGACAGCCAAAGCCCUGGAGCUGCUGGGCUCACACCAGGGCUGGAAGUGGACUCACGACCACCUCAUACAGACACUGCUGCUGCCACUGCUACAGAAGUGGAGGGACAACAAGAAAGCAAAGUCUAUCAAGAGCACCGUGCCUCAAGGCACUGUUGUUGCUAUCAUGCAAGUCAUUGGCUGUGUUGGAAGGAUUGGUCUGGCCGAGGACAAGUUAUCCAUAAACCAGCUACAGCAGGUGAUGAUAGACUUGCUCAAUGAAGCAGUGAAGAAACCAAAUUCAGUUCCAUGGGGUAUACAGAUAGCAGCAGCCUCCUCAUUGGUCCAGCUGUCGCCUGGCAACCCUGGCCACGCCCUGUCUGCUCUGCAAACAUGGAUGAACCUACCAAGGCCCACUCUCCCUGAGUGUAUGGUCGUCUUGUUGACCGUCAACGAUCCAGUCUUCAGGAUGGGCUACCGAGAGUCUAUCAAAACUCCUGUCAACAGCCCCGAAUCAAGGCGGUCAUUUCAGUGCAGUCAUCGGGUACCAGAAAGCUGCAGAAUCCUUCCCCGCCGCCAGGUGGCAGUUUUUAGAGGGACGCUCCAGCAGGCCAAUGCCGAAGACAUAGUACAAAAGAUGAAACCAAGGACGUCCUUGAUGAAACCGAACUUUUCAGAAGAAAAACGCACCUCUCGCAGUAAAGAGGAUCACACUAGCUCCCAAACAUCCACAAAAGAUGAAAUAAUGAGAGGAACGACCGCCGUAUGUGACAGAACAGAAAGAAACGGUUACAAACAAACCGUGAAAAACAAUGUAGACGCCUCUCGCAAGUCGGCAUCAACUUCAGCGACCAGGUCAUUGAAAACAGAACAUGUUAGGAGACAAGCACAGCACAUAAGCUCUCCAACAACACACAGACAGGCGCCAAGUAGUCAUCACGGAAAACAUCGUGGAAAGACUUUGUCCACUACAAGGUCUGCACCAGCCGCCGGGCGAAGUUCCUGGCGGACACAGUUGCCGCAGUUGUUUCUGUUGUACGAGCGGCAGUUGUGUGUUUCCUACCGACCCAGCGCCGUCCCUCCACCCGUACCAGAGCCGGUCAUACCUGUGGUUCCUAGCAAUUCCUCUUCAAGUUCCCGCCGCAUGAGGCGCUACAGCACGGGCCGGCGGAUGAGCGUGGCCUCAACGGCAACCUGCUCGGCGUUCGACCAGUCCAUCCGUCCGCAGCACGCGCACGGCAAGCCCCGGCAACAACGCCCAAAAGCCCGGCGGCUCUCUCUCCACUCCGCCGACGGGAGGAAGGACGCGGACCGCGGGAACAUGGGCACCUGGGCGGUGAGGAGGUUUCUCCGCAGGAGUCUGCCCGACGAAAUCCUGGAGGAUCACGAAGCGCAGGAUGAAGCGAUGCUUGAGAAGUUGCCGUUCGUCACGACUCUUCAAGACAUUACGAAACCGUCUAAGAAAGCGACUCGCAGGAAUUCAGUUGUUCUCAAUGCAUAUGCAGCAGUGCAGAAGUAA